GCGGUGCUUCCUAAAACAUGGCGGCUCUCGAAGCGGCUGCGGAGCCGCUAACGGGGGUGGCGGCCGUUGGCUCAAAGGCGAAGGACGAAGAGGAGGAGGAAGAGGAGUCGCUUCCGCCGUGCGAGGCAGUGCGCUGGGCGCCGGUGGGGGCGGUGGCAGAGGCCGGGCCCGGGGCGGCGGCGUUCUCGGAAGAGGCGGCGGCCGAGGAGCCCGGAGCGGCCCCGGGCUCCCCGCCGGACUCGCCGGGCCGGACGCUGCGGCGGCUGCGGGCCGAGCGGCGGCGGCUGGACUCGGCGCUGCUCGCGCUGUCCUCGCAUUUCGUGCAGGUGCAGUUCCGCCUGCGGCAGGUGGUGCGCGGGGCGCCGGCGGAGCAGCAGCGCCUCCUGAGCGAGCUCGAGGACUUCGCUUUCCGCGGCUGCCCUCACGUCCUGGGUUACGGGAGCCCAGAGGACCCCGCCAGCGAUGAUGGCGACGGGAUGCCGGGAGACCGGCCACGGUUGCGGGGCGAGGACCAGAGUGAGCAGGAGAAACGGGAACAUCUGGAAACCCAAAGGGAGAAGCAGAAGGAACUGAUACUGCAGCUCAAAACCCAGCUCGAUGACCUGGAGACGUUUGCCUAUCAGGAAGGCAGUUACGACUCCCUGCCACAGUCGGUGGUCUUGGAAAGGCAGCGGGUGAUCAUCGAUGAGUUAAUAAAGAAACUGGACAUGAACCUGAAUGAGGACCUCAGUUCACUGUCCACCGAGGAGCUUCGGCAGCGUGUGGAUGUAGCUGUAGCUCAGAUCGUCAACCCAGCCCGAGUGAAAGAACAGCUGGUUGAGCAGCUGAAAACUCAGAUCCGAGACCUCGAGAUGUUCAUCAGCUUCAUCCAAGAUGAAGUAGGAAGCCCAUUACAGACAGGUAGUGGACACUGUGAGUGCAAGGCCAGUGGGAAGACAGGAAACGGCUCCUGCAGAACUGGCAGCAGCAGACCACCUCCAGGAAACAGCAGAACGAAGGCAGAAGACAUGAAGAGAGUUCGGGAGACAGGGCUGCACCUGAUGCGGCGAGUGCUGGCAGUGCUCCAGAUCUUUGCUGUCAGCCAGUUCGGUUGCGCCACGGGCCAGAUCCCGCAGACCCUGUGGCAGAGGGACCAGGCUGACAGGGACUACUCCCCCUUACUGAAGAGGCUGGAGGUGUCAGUAGACAGGGUGAAGCAGCUGGCCUUGAGGCACCAGGCGCACGACCACUUCAUCAGCUCCGCCGGCCUCCAGGACCUCUCUCUGGGAGGCAAGGACGAGCUGACCGCGGCUGUGCGGAAGGAGCUGACUGUGGCCGUGAGGGACCUGCUGGCCCAUGGACUGUACGCCUCCUCACCGGGGAUGAGCCUCGUCAUGGCCCCCAUCGCCUGUCUGCUGCCGGCCUUCUCCUCGGCCCCCGAGGCCAUGCACCCCUGGGAGCUCUUUGUAAAGUACUACCACGCUAAGAACGGCCGUGCUUACGUGGAAUCCCCCGCCCGGAAGCUCUCACAGUCCUUCGCCCUGCCUGUCAUGGGAGGCACUGUGGUGACGCCCAAGCAGAGCCUGCUGACAGCCAUCCACGUGGUGCUGACGGAGCACGACCCUUUUAAGCGCAGUGCAGACUCGGAGCUGAAGGCCUUGGUGUGCAUGGCGCUGAAUGAGCAGCGUCUCGUGUCCUGGGUGAACCUCAUCUGCAAGUCGGGGUCGCUCAUCGAGCCCCACUACCAGCCCUGGAGCUACAUGGCACACACAGGCUUUGAGAGCGCCCUCAACCUGCUUAGCCGCCUCAGCAGCCUCAAGUUCAGCCUCCCUGUAGACCUGGCUGUGCGCCAGCUCAAGAACAUCAAAGAUGCCUUUUGAUGAGGAUGCCCUGGCCCCAGACCAGCAUCUUGCUCAGUAAGGAUAGAUGCCCAGAUGAUGGUCUUUCGGUUUUGGAGCUGGUUUAUCAGGACAGCCACCAUCUGGUACCAUGUCCUCUGGCGAGUAACCUUUCCUCUGCACACCUCCCAGCUCCUCAGAAGGAAACGUGUCCAAGGUGUGUUCCACGUGUCCUGGAGGCUGGAUGGUGGAGGAGGUCUGACCACGUGAUCAUACUACAGCGGGGGUAGGAACUGUGGCAGAUGACUGGUGACAAAGAAGGGGCUCGGCAUUUCCUUGUAAAACUGACUCUAGACUGGUCCGAUUGGGUCUCUUUUAGCCUUUUUAGUUCGUGUUUGCCAUUCAGCUUGCAUCCUGAUCUGGGACUGACCAAAGAUGAGCAAAGUGUAUCACCUUCCGGAAAGCCAAAUGGGUUCCCAACACUAAUGAUUCAGCAUCGUUUCAUGUAUUAAAUUGCCAGCUGCACUUUGUGUCUGCACUAUUAUGUAGUGCAUUUUAACUUAAUUUUUUCAGUAAGAUAUUAUUUAAGAUAUAUUCUUGAUAAUUCAUUAGAAUUAGUCCUCCUUCAUGUGAAACAGGAUAAGUGUAAAAUGUUGUGAAAAAUGGUAUCUGUGGUUGCUAAUAAAA